UUGCAGUUUGUUGCUCGUGAUGAAGCCGGUGACGGCGACGGCGAUGUCGAGUAUCGACUCAUCAACACCGAACCAAGUGAAACAUUUACGGUUGAUCCGGUCACUGGUAUUGUUCAGACAGCUGUGAGGCAUUAUAAACCCGGCGAAACCUAUCGAGUUUUUGUGCAAGCUCGAGAUCGGACACCAACAGACUAUCAAGUUUCACAGGAUAGCAAAGUGGCUGUGCUGGAGGUUUACGCUGGUGAUCGAGCGCCGCAAUUUGUCGAACAACAGUAUAGAGUAUACGUCCCGGAAGAUACCCAAGUUGGUUCCAGCAUUGUGGAUGUGCGUGCCAAACGUUUCAAGCCGAUUGACAAGCGCCGUACAAAAGGUGAACUGGUCUAUCAGCUGUUCCUGGACGCGAGUUUGCCGGAACGUGAGCCGUCACCCUACUUUGCAAUUGACGCUGCAAUGGGAUUGGUACGCUUGAAGAAAGCAUUGGACUAUGACGACGAUACCCAGCCGAAACAUCAUCAGCUGAAAGGUUUGUCCAAAUUACACUUCCGGAAUAUCAGUGUCAACCUGAAAAUGCCUUAUUUGUCCAGCAAUUUACUUAUUUGCUCAGCAAUGCACGCUGAGGACAAAGACAGUGGUGAAAACGCUCGGAUAGUCUAUAGCUUAAGCGACGAUCAUUUCAAGAUCAAUGACCGUGGUGAAAUUUCUGCUCAGAAGCGUCUGGAUGCGGAUCAAAAUCGUGAACGUUUCUACAUCUACCGAUUCAACGUGACGGCUACUGAUCGUGGUGAACCUCCACUGAGUAGCACUGCUGCGGUCCAUAUUCGUACGGAAAAUACGAAUGAUGAAGCGCCGAUAUUUAUUCCAACCGGAAAUUAUCAAGCUUACGUUGCUGAAGAUGCACAGGGUGGAACGCCGGUGGUGCAAAUUCAAGCAAUCGAUCCAGAUCGAGAUCAGGUAAACCGGGAUCCUUUACUUCUCAGAGCAUUCUUCUCUUUCCGACUAAUCCUGAAAACAAUUAUUCUGGAUCUGCAGUUUUGCUAG